AAUUAAAGUCUAAAUAUCUAUUAGGGGAAUGCUUUAGUUUUUUAUCAACACUAGUGUGCAGUUUACCUUCUUCUAUUCGUCUUGUUUCACAAUCUAACAUAGCUAAUUCUCUUUGUUCAUUUUCCGAUUCAAAUGUAAAUUUUAUUCCCUCUACUAGUGAGUUUAUAUGUGUCAAGAAGCUAGAGAGAGAUAUGUUCUGUUUUUAGCACUGUAAAAGUGUCAUCCACAUAUCUGCACCACAUUUUUGCAGUAGGAUUAAAUGUAUUAAGAAACCUACAGCGGAAUUGAUACGCAGAAUGAAGCCGUCACUGGGUGAGUCUAAAUGGUUUAAUUUAAUGCCUAAAACUAAUAAUGCUAGUAAAAUGUAUGGUAAUAUUAAAAUACGUAAACCAGGUUACUCCAUACUACCGAUAGUAGACUUUAGGAAUACCCCUACUUAUGAAUUAUCAAAACACUUAGCUCUAGUAUUAGGCCCUAUUAGAAAUCGUUCACGCUCUAGACUAACUAAUUCAUAUGAGAUGAAAAAUAAACUAAAUGACAUUCAACUAGAGAAUAAUGAAACAAUGGUUAGUUUUGAUAUAACUAGUCUUUAUACCAAUAUACCAGUCAAUAUGGCUUUGGAGGCAGUUGAAAAAGAACUAACUGCGGAUCCUGAACUCGCUUAUAGGACGAAGCUACCCAUUGAAGAAAUUAUUCUAGGAAUUCAAAUAUGCCUCAUAUCUACCAUCUUUAAGUUCCAAGGCAAAAUGUAUAGACAAAUAGGUGUAGCAAUGGGAUGGAUCUCCAAUGUCCCCUAUAGUAGCAGAUAUUUUUUUUGCAAUGUUGAAUUCUAUCUUAUGAAAUUUCACACCAUGUUAUGUAGUGUUUUAGAUUUGCCUACUAAUCUCAUAAUUAUACACCCCUUCCCAACAUCUGCGCAUCUUAUGAAUUACUCUAUAUAUGACGUUAUUUGUUUUGCCACUUGACAUUGAACUAUGAUUACAAUCACAAACAUUUAAUUGCAUUUCAUACUGUUAUUAUUCUGCUAUCGUAUAAAAUUCAUUAGGAAGAUCGAAAAAGGCCAA